GACGUAAGCAGUAGAAGUUAAAAGGGGUGUUGUGGUGAAUGGUGAUACCGUUACUGUUAGUAAAAUAAUAAUAAUAAUAAUAGCGGGGGAAGUCAGCUGAAACGGCGGUGUAUUACACGUGUCGGAAUCUAACUGAGUGUGAGUGACUCAGCAGUCCUUCUACCCGGCAGCCGGUUGGGGUUGGGGGACGUGGAGACAGGCUAGUGGCCCGACAAGAGAUGCCAGAGCCGGGUGGGACUCAGGCUGACGUAAUUCGUCACGCUUCCCUAAGACAAACACGAUUUAGGCAAUUAAUUAAUGCAUGAUUUAAUCUGGGGAUUUGUCAGUGUAUGAGUUUAGGGUUUGAUUAACAUAAUAAUAACAAAGGUUCCCACGUCGGAUAAAUAAAUAUCUUGUUUAAAUAUAGAAGGAAAUCCUUGUUACUCUGAGACGAGUUUGAGUUUUUUUUUUUUCCCGAGUAAUAUCAGAAAGAAAGUUAGAACAAACACUACUCAAACGCCCUCCCCACCCCGCUAACAAACCAACCUAUAAAGUCAAACGAAGCUUGAUGAUGAGGAGAAUGCUCCACAAGAUUCUCCCUUGUUGUUGAGUCUGUUGUAGUGGACCGUUGCCACUCCCCUGUAUUUGCUCUAUGCUGUUACUUAAUAUCCGCUGCUCAGUUUCAUCUCAUUGUAUUAUAAAAGUUGAAUCUCAAUAAUAGAAAUCUCACGUUGUGAGUUCCUUUCAUGGUAUCAGAGCUCUCUUUGCUCUAACGAGCUCCGCUACAUCCCUUCCUCUGAUUUCUUUUUACCUGUUAUCAUGGCCACAGAGACGACAUCUUCUCCUUCUUCUACCUCUGUUUCUGAUGCCUCUGCUUCCAUUCCCACCUCCUCGCUGUCGCUUCCUGCCAAUCCCUAAUUAAGCAUCAAACUUACCCCAACCAAUUAUCUUCUUUGGCAUGCUCAAAUCACUCCUCUCCUUCGCUGUCACCGCCUCAUGGGUCACGUUGAUGGCACGUUCUCUGCUCCUCCCCAACUCGUCGAUGGCCAGCCCAAUCCGGCCUAUUAUCAAUGGUAUGAGCGCGACCAGUACGUUCUGAGCUGGAUCAAUUUUUCUCUUUCCGAGGCUGUGUUGCCCAUCGUGGUUAACAAAUUCACCGCCUAUGCUGCGUGGUCGGCCCUGGCCACGAUCUAUGCCUCUGGUUCCAAGGUUCAAGUUCGUCAUCUCUCCAAAGCCCUGCAUCAGCUCCGCCGCGGCGAUACCUCCAUUCACGACUAUCUACAAGAUGCAAAAACAAAGGCCGAUCAAUUGGCUGCUCUUGGUUCUCCCGUCAACAAUGACGACCUUACGGGCUGGAUUCUCGAUGGCCUCGGUGAAGAUUACCGGCCGUUUGUUCGUCACAUUGAAGCCCGUCUCGAGCCCAUCAGUUUCGAAGAUCUCCACUCCUUGCUCCUCAGCGAAGAGCUUCAGAUCAAGCGGUUCUCUGCUCGAUCGGAUUCUCCUUCCCCUGCUGCCUUCUAUUCAAACGCCGGUGGUUUCCGCGGCAGAGGCGGACGUGGGCGUGGUCGAGGUUUCCCUCGCGGUGGCGGUCGUCUUUAUUCUCACCCCAAUUUGUUUGUUCCCUCUGUUGGCAGGUCAAACGCGGUGGGAGGUGGUGUUCUUGGGCCUCGGCCCGCUGGUGUGCUGGUUACAUGUCACAAUUGUGGUGGGAGAGGGCAUAUUAAACCCAACUGCCCAAGCCCACUCAUAUCCCCCACUCUCUCGGCCCAUUCCGCAUCAUCUACUGGGCAGGCCUCUCAUAACCCCUUUCCCAGCCCACAUACCCAUUUUGCAUCUUCCUCAGCCCACGCCUUUAACCCACAGCAAUGGUUAUUGGAUUCGGGUACAAAUCAUCAUUUGACGUCUGAUUUAGACAAUCUUGCUCAUCAUUCCGAGUAUAAUGGCACUGAUCAGGUCACGUUUGGCAAUGGUAACUCUCUUCCCAUCUCUCAUUCUGGUGCUUCUAAAACUUCUUUAUCUCAUUUUCCUAUUUCCUUGGAUAACAUUCUUCGUGUUCGUAAUGCCCCUUUCAAUCUCCUUUCCAUUAGCUCUCUUACUCGUACUAAUCCGAUCUCCAUCGAAUUUUUUGACACUCUUUUUGUCAUCAAGGACCGAAGCACGGGGAAUGAGCUCUACCGCGGUUAUGCCGUCGAUGGUCUUUAUGCACUUCCUCUUCAAAUUUCUCGCCGGCUUUCCCCGCUUGCUUGUGUGGCUACUUUGCAUGUUUGGCAUCAACGUCUCGGUCACGCCAAUGAACGUGCUGUCAAGCAAGCUCUUAGUCAUCAUCAAAUAAAAUUUCUUUCUAAUUCUCCUUCACUAUGUCAUGGUUGUUCCGUUAGUAAAAUUCACAAAUUGCCGUUUUCUUCAUCCACAUUUUGUGCUUCUGCUCCUCUCGAACUGGUUUGUAGUGAUGUUUGGGGCCCUGCCCCUACUCUUUCUUACGAUGGCCAAUCCUACUACAUCCUUUUCUAUGAUCAUUAUAGCAAGUUUUCAUGGAUCUAUUUCGUUCGAUACAAGUCUCAAUUGCUUAGUGUUUUCAACCAAUUUCGCCAACUAGUUGAAAAGUUUUUUGGAACCCCCAUCAAAACCUUUCAGUCUGAUUGGGGUGGUGAGUAUCAAGCGUUAUCCACGUACUUACGCGAUAAUGGUAUUGCUCAUCGCUCUUCCUGUCCUUAUACCCCUGAGCAGAAUGGGUGUGCUGAACGCAAGCACCGUCACAUUGUGAAUAACGGCCUUGCUCUUCUUCAUCAUGCACACGUUCCUCAAAAAUAUUGGUCUCUCGCCUUUGACACUGCCUGCUAUCUCAUAAAUCGCACUCCCACGCCCUUGCUCGAUCAUGAUUCCCCAUUUCACUUCCUUUUCAAACGUCUUCCUGAUAUCUCCAAUCUUCGUGUCUUUGGCUGUCUUUGUUAUCCUUGGCUUCGCCCUCUUACAUCCAAUAAACUAGACCCUCGUUCUCUCCCGUGUGUUUUCCUUGGUUAUAGUAAAUUCCAUAAGGGUUACCGUUGCCUUCACAUUCCUACUGGUCGCAUCUAUAUCAAUCGCCAUGUACUAUUUGAUGAAUCCCGAUUUCCUUUUGCUGAACUCAUUUCCCCCCAUUCACCCACUGUUUCUCUCCCAUCCCCCAGCCCAAUAAUUCUCCCAUCCCUACCCACCAUUCCUCCCUCCGCUACUAUUCCCAGGCCCACCAAUUCCCCAUCAACCCAGCCCACUAGCCCAGUCUACCAGCCCAAUACAGAACCCAUCUCUCCGCCCCUCAAUCAGCCCGUUCCCGACCCCACUUCCCAGCCCCUGACCCAGCCCGUACCCGACUCCACUUCCCAGCCCCUAACCCAGCCCGAUCCAGACCCCAAUACCCAGCCCAGCCCAGAUCCCAUACCCGACCCAUCCUCUUCGUCCGCUUCCCCUGCUCCGCCAGCCUCACACACUCGACGCCUCAUCUCACCGGCUGCUCCUCUUCGCUCUCCUCCACCCACGCCAUUGUUGCAAUAUCACCGCCGCCGCCCUCCCCUCACAUCGGCCGCCCCUGUCUCUCCUGUUUCCUCCUCUUUUCGUCCCACACCACUUCCUCCUCCGCGCCCUCUAGCCCCCCGCCCUCGAUUCACCACCUCCCCUCGUCCUCUCCCCAUAACCAACCCCACCAGCUCCCUCCAUCCUAUGGUUACCCGAAUUAAGACUGGCCACCUCAAACCGAAAGCCCUUCUCUCCCACCUUCCCACUGAUGAUACACCUCGCACCGUGGCUCAAGCCCUUCGCCUACCCCACUGGCGCGCCGCGAUGUCUGACGAAGUUUCAGCCCAAAUCCGCAAUCACACCUGGGACUUAGUUCCCGCGCCGCCAGAUUGCAACAUCCUCUCCAAUAAGUGGGUGUACCGCACGAAGAUUCAUCCUGAUGGCAGUCUUGAUCGCCAUCGUGCUCGGCUAGUUGCUCGUGGGUUCGAGCAAAUUCCAGGACUGGAUUUCGAUCAGACGUACAGCCCGGUCCUCAAACCGGCCACUCUCCGUCUGAUUCUUGGUCUUGCGGUGACACAGGGUUGGCCCCUUCACCAAAUUGAUGUCGCUAAUGCGUUCCUUCAUGGACAGCUGCAGGAAACUGUGUAUAUGCAGCAGCCACCGGGAUUUGUUGACCCCGACAGGCCUGAUUAUGUUUGUCGACUUCGCAAAUCGAUUUACGGUUUGCGCCAGGCGCCACAGACUUGGUUUCAAUGUCUGGCAGCAGCACUCGGCAGGUUCGGCUUCUCAACUUCACGUACUGAUCCAUCGCUAUUCAUAUACAAGUCCUCGGCCGUGCGCCUCUAUAUGUUGGUGUAUGUUGAUGACAUUGUCAUCACCGGAAAUGACAACUCCACAAUUCAGCGACUGAUGGUGUUUCUUCGAGACAACUUUGCCCUCCGUGAGAUGGGUGCUCUGUCUUAUUUUCUGGGUAUUGAAGUUCAUCGGACCUCCUCCGGCAUUGUUCUCAGCCAACGCAAGUUCAUCCUUGACUUGCUCGACCGUGCCCAUAUGUCUACCGCCAAUCCCAUCUCAACUCCUUGCACCCUCGACAUCAUUCAACAGGCUGCCCAGGACAACUCCCCUCUCUUUGCUGAUCCAUCCCUCUAUCGAAGCCUGGUUGGUGGCCUCCAAUACCUUAGUUUCACGCGGCCGGAUAUCUCUUUCGCCGUCAAUCAUGUCUCUCAAUAUCAACAUGCCCCUACUGACACUCACUGGGCUGCUGUCAAGCGGAUUCUACGCUAUCUCCGAGGAACUAUUGAUCGCGGUAUGGAAUUUUCUCGGUCUUCAUCUCUCCAUAUCCAUGGUUACUCUGACUCUUCUUGGGCGAGUUGUCCAAAGGAUCGUAAAUCAAUUACCGGGUUUGCAGUCUUCUGCGGAUCAAAUCUGAUCUCCUGGUCCACUCGGAAACAAAAGGCUGUCGCUCGCUCAUCCACAGAAUGCGAGUACCGCGCGCUGGCCACGCUAGCUUCUGAAGUGCUCUGGCUGCGUAACUUACUUCACGAACUCGGCCAAUCUAUUCCUGCACCUCCGGUCCUAUGGUGUGAUAACCUUGGAGCUACGUUCCUGGCUCACAAUCCGGUAUUUCACAAUCGAUCUAAACAUAUGGAGAUUGAAUUUCACUUCGUUCGUGAUCAUGUAAGCAAGGGUCAACUGCGUGUUCAUUUUCUUCCCGCGACUGAUCAAUUGGCCGAUGUGCUCACCAAGCCUCUGCCUCGUGUGUCCUUCACACGGUUUUGCUCCAAAUUUCGACUCACCGAGCCUCAAUUUGCGGGGGCGUGAUGAUGAGGAGAAUGCUCCACAAGAUUCUCCCUUGUUGUUGAGUCUGUUGUAGUGGACCGUUGCCACUCCCCUGUAUUUGCUCUAUGCUGUUACUUAAUAUCCGCUGCUCAGUUUCAUCUCAUUGUAUUAUAAAAGUUGAAUCUCAAUAAUAGAAAUCUCACGUUGUGAGUUCCUUUCAAAGCUAACUCUAGCCGAGACAGCAACAGGGCUUUACGCGCCAUUCUAUGGGCAGCCCAGUUGGCAGUCCGCGGAACCGCCUUAAAUUCUAUACAAAGAGACAAAGAUCCAAGGAUACUCCUACAAUCUCUAAGAAUGGGGCCACCCACGGAAUCCUCCACUGCACCAAGGCUAAGCUGACGGAUGACCACAACCGCAUCUCCCUCAAUGAUGACACGAGGCAGAUUUCUAGAACCUGCAAGAGAGAUCGCAUCCCUUGCUGCAAGGAGCUCUGCAAGGUACGGGUCUGAAAUCCCUGGAUGCUGGAAACCUGAGGCAAGCAGAACAUGACCGUCCGAGCCACGAACCACAAGACCAGACGAGUUUGAGUUAACCAUUCCUAAAAAAAAAAAAAGGUUUGAGUUAACCAAUUUAGUGAAACGGUGACGUAUUGGGGAUAGUUUUAGGAAUCAGGAUAGGAAUAGAAGAGAAAACCAGAGGAAAGAAUGGCAUGAAUCUAUGAGCUGCAAUGGCUGUGUUUGGGGAAUGUUUCGAUGUAUCUUGUAAUGGGUUCGUCAGCAGAAAUAAUGGUGGAGGUAUAAGAGGUAAAGGAUGUGUGGAGGGAAAAUUUAUUAACAUCGCAAUGAUUUUCUUUUUUCCGUUGUAAACGAUAUGUUAAUUUGACUAUAGGAUGUUAAUACUAUCAUUUAUAAGAAUGUUUUUAUAACAUUCACAAUCGACUAAACGAGCGAUGGAUGCUCUGUAGUCAUUGUAUGAACACAAUGCUACCCUUAUUUACAAAAUUGCUAUUAUAUUCAUUCAAUGAUCAAGAAACGAAUGCUUGACACUUGAUCGGGGCCGACUUGUGAAUAUUGUAAGAACGGUUCCUAAAAAUGGCGUUGCGCAAACCCUAGUCGGAUUGCUGGCGCAUGCUGCUACUUAAGUUUGGUAAUGCCAAGAGCUAAUCACGGGGUCAAGUUGCAUGGUAAACGAAAUAUCCAACUCUUAACUUCAAGCAAAGAAUCGAUUUUGUUUUUGAUUACGCAAGUGGUAACCUUCCCCCAUAUCCCUUUUCGUUUUCAGAGGACAAAUUUUGUGGACCUGAAAAAAAUAAAUAAUUGACUGAUCAAAUAGUAGAACAAAGAAAAAAGUAGGAAAAUGUUGAAUGCACAUUAAUUAGAUAGAGAGUGCUACUUGAACAUCAAAGGACAAAGAUACAGUGACCUGACCUGACCAAGAUGUGAGAACCUAACAAAAACAGUUGAAGGCUAAGCACCCAAGUUUGAUCAAGUUCAUCGGGAAGACGUACAGCACAUCGACUAAUUGACAUCUACUCUUGCCAAAUUCAUCAACAAGACACCGAAAUGUCAUGGCAGCGUCAAGGAUCUGGAUCCACUCUAGUGGAAGUUGUUUCAACUCCGAGAUUUUAUGAUUCAUUCGUUUCAGUGAUCUCGACGUAUGAAGGUAUCAUGAAUAUGGUCUGAUAAAAAAAUAUAUGAUACUAUUAGAG